CUAGCAGAGGAGAGAGAAAAUUCGAGGAGAGAGAAAAUAUUGAUCCAUAUAUAUAAAAACCCUCCACCGAAACAAAAACCCAGAAAAAAUUAAAAAUCAGAGAGAGAGAAGAGAGAGAAAGUAGAGAGAGAAAAAUGGGAGAUUCUAGCGAUUCUAUUUCUGUUCAUAUUGAACCAAUCUCCAUUGAUAACAAGGAAUUUUAUGUAAAAACGGGUUCCGGUCCAGUGUCGGUAGCUGUUUAUGGUGAUCAAGAUAAGCCAGCUCUUAUUACCUACCCAGAUUUAGCUCUAAAUUAUGCAUCCUGUUUUCAAGGAUUAUUCAUGUGUCCUGAGGCAUUAUCGUUGCUGCUUCACAACUUUUGCAUAUACCACAUCAGCCCUCCUGGCCAUGAGUGGGGAGCUGCUGCAAUCAAUCAUGUUACUUCCGCACCUUCGGUGGAGGAUUUAGCUGACCAGAUAGUUGAUGUUCUUGACUAUUUCGGACUUGGCGAAGUUAUGUGCAUGGGUGUGACUGCUGGAGCAUACAUUUUAACUUUGUUUGCUACAAAAUAUAAGCAGCGUGUUCUUGGUCUGAUACUAAUCUCUCCUCUAUGCAGAGCACCUUCUUGGACAGAAUGGUUGUACAAUAAGGUGAUGUCAAAUCUGCUUUACUUCUAUGGCAUGUGUAGUGUUGUAAAAGAGAUGUUGCUCAAACGGUACUUCAGUAAGCAGGAACUUCGGGGUAAUUCUCUUGUACCAGAAUCAGACUUAGUUCAGGCAUGUCGAAAAUGGCUGGAUGAUAGAGAUGGUACUAAUGUCAUGCAUAUUCUGGAAGCAAUUAACAGGAGGCCUGACAUAAGUGAAGGACUGAAGAAACUACGAUGCCGUUCACUAAUUGUUGUUGGAGAGGACUCAUCUUUCCAUUCGGAAGCAGUACACAUGGCCACAAAACUAGAUAGAAGAUUUAGUGCUUUAGUGGAGGUUCAGGCAUGCGGGUCUUUGGUUACAGAGGAGCAACCACAUGCCAUGUUAAUCCCUUUAGAGUAUUUUCUUAUGGGCUACGGUUUCUACAGGCAAUCGUACAUGAGUUUGAGCCCGAGAAGUCCAUUAAGUCCGUCUUGCAUUUCCCCGGAGCUGCUAUCUCCGGAAAGUAUGGGUUUAAAGUUAAAGCCCAUCAAAACUCGCAUCUCACUAGAGGUAUAGUUGGAGGAGUUGUUGUAAACGUUAUUUAUAUUCGUUGUAAGGAGCCAUGUUAGUUUUUUGUUUGGUUAGAAAUGAAGGUGAGGAGGUGGUACAGGAGCAAGGAGGGGCUGUAGAUAAGAAAGAAGAAGAUAAAUAUAAACUAUAGAAGACAGGACAGGCAUUAAAAUUAGUCUGGAAAGGUUAAGAGAUUUAUUAUUUGUUAAUUUUGUAAUCAUAGAUUUGAUGGGGAGUUGAGUUGUGUGUAAAUCUUUGGAAUAAUCAUUAUGUUUACUGAAAGAAAUAAUAAUAAGUGCAAUUCUUUUGGCCUUUGGGGAA